AUGGCCAACAAAGUGUAUUCCACCGAGUUCCAAAGAUUGCUUAGAGAGAAAGAUGAGGAAAUCUGCAGCCUCAAAAAAAUAAUUGAACACCAGGACGCGAUAAUCGAUUUUGUUGAUCGCAAAAUGCAAGAGAUUCGCCUAGGAAAUGAGAAACUCUUUUUGAGAAAUCAGGAACUAGAAGCAUUUUACAAAGCUAAUUCUCCCAAAAACCUCUUCCAAAAACAACCAAAGUCGCCAAUUGUGAUGGAAAAGGUCUCCGAGCGUUUAUCGACUAAUCACGAAAUGAUGAAUAAAGAUUGUGCUGAUCGCAAGAAAGGUGCUGAUAAAAACCAUAUUAACACCCAAAGAACUCUCGUGAAAGAUGCAAAGAACGAGAGCAGAACAACAACAUGGUUCCUCAAAGCUCCGGCAUCACUGGCCCCCGUAUAA